AUGUUAGGGCGAUAUCAAAGUAAUCCCGAGAUAAACCAUUGGAAAGCUGCAAAGAAAGUACUUAAGUAUUUAAAAGGCACCAAGGAUCAUAUACUCACCUAUAGAAAAUCCAGCCAUCUAGAAGUGGUGGGAUACUCGGAUUCAGACUAUGCCGGUUGUGAAGAUUCAAGAAAAUCUACAUUUGGCUACUUGUUUCUCCUAGCUUUAGGAGCAGUUUCAUGGAAAAGUGGAAAGCAGUCAGUCAUUGCUACUUCCACAGUGGAGGUUAAAUUUGUGGCAUGCUUUGAGGCCACUGUUCACGCAUUGUGGUUGCGCAACUUUGUCUCAAGUCUAGGCAUUGUCGACAGUAUAACUAGACCAUUGAGAAUUUACUAUGAUAAUUCCGCAGCUGUUUUCUUCUCUAAGAACGAUAGGUAUUCUAAGGGUACAAAGCACAUGGAUUUAAAGUACCUAUUAAGGGUACAAAGCACAUGGAUUUAA